GACUUUUAAAUAAAAAUGAUCUAAUUACGGGUGUGGGUUUAUGAAGGGACAUCACUGUUCCCUAGCAUGUGCCCUGUGCUUUCUCUCUUUCUGUAGGUUUUUCUUUUUCUCUUGCUCAUCCUCUUCUUCACUGCUCCAUAUAAAUUCUCUACCCUUUUUUUCUCUCAAAACUCAAUAUUUCUUAUACGUUUUUAUACAAACAAAACCAAACCCAAUAAACAGUUUCUUGAUUUUCUUCUAUGUCUCAAACACAAAGACCAAACAUGUCUACUCUUUCUUCUUCUUCUUCUUCUUCCUCCUCUAAUGUUUGGUUGGCCUCUUACACAAAACUUCAAUUCUUUACUCGUAUUAGGCGCUUCUUGCAAUCCAAAACUUCACAAAAGAAUAAGCCAAGAACCAAGAUUUUGAUUGAUAAUAAUAAUAAUAGUGGUUAUUACAAUAAAGAAGUACAACAAGUAGCUACGGAUAUUGGAGAAGGUGAUGAAGAUGAUUCUGUUGUCUUACAAAGAUCAGUAAAGAAACUUCACUUUGGAAACUGUGAAGACAAAGAGAUGGCAGCUACGGAAAUUGGGAGGUUAGCUAAAGAAGAUGUCAAAGCAAGAAAACUGAUGGCUGAGCUUGGUGUUAUUCCGGUCUUAGUAGAGAUGGUCUCAUCGGAGGUGCCUUCCCGUCGGCGAGUGGCUGUUAAGGCUCUGAUUGAACUUGCUAAUGGAACUUACACGAACAAGACUCUCAUGGUAGAAGCAGGAAUACUCUCAAAACUGCCCAAGGACAUAAAUGUUUCAGAAGAGUCAACGAGGCAUGAGUUUGCAGAAUUGAUCUUAUCAUUGUCGUCUUUAGGAAAUACCCAAUUCUCAAUAACCUCAUCAGAAGUUCUUCCAUUCCUAGUUGGAAUUCUUGAAUCAAACUCAAGUGUAGAAACCAAGCAAUCCUGUUUAGGUACUUUAUACAACCUCUCAGCUGUUUUAGAAAAUGCAGGGCCCUUACUCUCCAAUGGGGUAGUUCAAAUUCUUUUGAGUCUAAUAUCAGUAAAAGAGCUAUCAGAAAAAUCCUUAGCAACAUUAGGCCAUUUAGUAGUGAGUUUGAUGGGAAAGAAAGCAAUGGAAAAUCACAUAAAGGUGCCAGAAAGUUUGAUAGAGAUACUGACAUGGGAGGAAAAACCCAAAUGUCAAGAAUUAUCAGCUUAUAUACUAAUGAUUCUUGCUUAUCAAAGUUCAGCUCUUCGCGGAAAAAUGGAGAAAUCUGGGAUUGUACCUGUGCUUCUUGAAGUUUCAUUGCUUGGAAGUCCAUUAGCACAAAAGAGAGCAUUAAAAUUGUUACAAUGGUUUAAAAAUGAGAGGCAAAUGGGGCCUCAUUCAGGACCUCAAACAGGAAGGAUAGCUGUGGGGUCGCCUGUAAGUCCAAGAGCAAGUCAAGAAGGAAAGAAGAUGAUGAAGAAUUUGGUUAAACAAAGUCUUUAUAAGAAUAUGGAGAUGAUUACAAGAAGAGCUAAUAAUAAUAGUAAUGAUUCUUCUUCAGGAGAAUCUUCUUCAAAGCUAAAGUCUUUGGUUAUUAGCACAAGCUCUAAGAGCUUGCCUUAUUAAAGAUUUUCAUUAGCAAUUUUGUUGUUUUUUUCUUUUUCUUUAGGAUUCACUUAGGAAUGAAGUUUUUCUCUUUCAGUAAUGGCAUAUGUGCUGUAUUUGUUGAUUACAGCAGUGUAGUUCUUACAGGAAAGAAAUGAACCAACUCCUUGUAAAGAAUAUUGCAUUUCUUGUGCAGCAUAGCUCAGUUCAGAUGUACAUGUUGACCCAUAAGAAAAGAUAUCUUCAAAUUUCCA